AUGGCACCCAAGUCCAUCCUCUCUGUCAAUGCGGGAUCUUCUUCAGUGAAAAUUACUUUCUAUACGCUGGAACGUCCGCCAAAAGUCAUCGCAAAUGCGCAGGUCUCCGGUAUCACAGCUCCUCCGCCAAAACUGAAAUACACACGAGGUUCGAAGGAACACAGCGAGGAGCUCAAGGAUCGUAUCUCAACGCCGCAAGAUGCUUUCAAGUUCCUUCUGCAACGGUGUUUCUCUGAUCCUGACCUUUCGGAGGUUGCUAGUCCGGAAGACCUGGCAUAUAUCUGCCACCGCGUUGUCCAUGGCGGCGACUACAAUGAGUCUGUGGUAAUAACGGAUGACACUUAUCACCAGCUGGAAGAAUUCGAGAACCUAGCUCCAUUGCACAAUUUCUCUGCCUUGGAGAUUAUCCGCACGUGCAGGCAGGAGAUCCCCAAUGUCAGGAGUAUCACAUUCUUUGACUCAGCCUUUCACCAGACGAUACCGGAGCAUAUCAAGACAUAUCCGAUCAACCAGAAGAUUGCCAGGGCAAAUGGCCUUCGCAAGUAUGGGUUCCACGGGAUCAGUUACUCGUUCGUUCUGCGAUCUGUCGCGGAGUUUCUCAACAAGCCGAUUGAAAAGACCAACAUUAUCGCCAUGCAUAUUGGGAGUGGUGCGUCGGUUUGCGUGAUCAAGGAUGGGAAGUCUGUUGACACCACAAUGGGACUUACUCCCUUGGCUGGUUUACCUGGUGCCACCCGAAGCGGCAGUAUUGACCCAUCACUUGUAUUCCAUUAUACCAACGAGGCCGGAAAUCUAAGUCCUGCAAGCACAUCAGAAAUGCACAUCAGCACGGCCGAGGACAUCCUCAACAAGCAAUCCGGGUGGAAAGCAUUGACUGGCACCACGGACUUUUCUAAGAUUGCGGUAGAGAAACCUCCCUCCCAUGCGCACAAACUUGCUUUUGAUAUCGUUGUGGACCGCAUACUGGGAUAUAUUGGGAGCUACUUUGUCAAGCUGGACGGCCAGGUGGACGCAGUUGUUUUUGCUGGUGGCAUUGGCGAAAAGAGUGCUUUGCUGCGCAAGACGCUCGUUGAACAGGCCCGGUGUCUCGGUCUAGCCAUUGACCCCUCGACGAAUGAGAAGGGGCCAACCGAGGAUCAGACUAUCUUGGAUAUAUCGAAAAAUGAGGGCAAGGGACCUCGUGUGCUGGUCUGUCAAACCGAUGAACAGUUCGAGAUGGCAUACAAUUGCGUGUUGAAAUAUGGCCAAUAG